AUGGAUAUUGAUUCAAUGAAUAAUUCAUUCAAUGUGAGCAAGGAAGUUGAAGAACAAGAUAACAAUGUUGAAUUUAAUGAGAGUGGUGAAAUUGAAGAACCGAAGAAGGGGAUGUAUUUUAUCUCAAAGCAAGAAGUAUACACAUUUUACACAAAAUAUGCGAAACAACUUGGAUUUGCUAUAGCUUAUAGAACACAAAAUGUAACAACGGAUGGGGAAGUAAAGUACUUUGGAAUUGAAUGUACUUGGGCGCGGAAUAGAAUAAAAAGAUCAGAAGUAAAUCCCCUCGAACCAUCUUUGCCGUCAAAAAUAGAUUGUAAAGCAAGGGUUAGAGCCACUCUACAAAAAGAUGGAAGAUAUAAGUUAACCACAGUUGUGCUUGAGCACACUCAUGAUUUGAUUCCGACUGACUCACGACAUUUUCCAAUGAAUAAGAGGAUUCUUACUCUGGUAAAGAAGAGACUAGAAGUUAACGAUGCAGCAGGGAUUGGGGUGGCUAGGAAUUUUCAUUCCAUAGUUGUUGAAGCGGGGGGAUAUGAGGCAUUAAUGUUUGAUGAACAAGAUGCAAGGAAGUAUAUUCAGAAUGCUAGAAGAUUGAGACUUGGGGUAGGAGAUGCCGAAUCAGUUACAUUUUAUUUUCAUAAAAGCCAACAACAAAAUUUGAACUUCUAUUCGGCAAUUGACCUUGAUGAAGAUGGUUACAUGCGAAACUUGUUUUGGGCACAUGCGAAACUUGUUUUGCGCACAUGCGAAACUUGUUUUGGGCAGAUGCAAGGAGUAGGACGGCUUAUAAACCAUUUGGAGAUGUUGUCUCUUUUGACACAACCUAUUUGA